AUGUAUGGCUUCAGAACCCUCCACUCCCUCGUCUUUGGCCACCAGGAAGACCCUCUAUGUCGUACUCUCCGCGCCUCCGAUGUUCCCGUCACCACCGCAGAUUGCAGAACAUGCUCCGACCCCUGUGACCUCGGUCACGACGCAUAUCCCCGCCGCUUCGACAUAGAUAUGGACACAGACAUGCUGGGCUCCGUAAAGCCAUACCACCGCCAGAUAGUUAUCUCCACUGGCAAGUCGGACUGGGAGCGCGACAUCACCGACGACAAGAAUUCACUCGCUUCUGCUCUGCUCGAAGUCUCAACAAAGCCGACUUCCCCCAUGUUACCGAGUUCCCCAAAACCCGCGUCUCCACCCCCAAACAAGGGUGUGCGACCGGUGACAGGCCUUUUCUCGACGUCCGACUCGAGUAGGACCUCGGUACUUAACGGGAGUCACAAAACUGUAUGCCACGAAGACGACCACGAGUCUGUACUUGUCUUCCCGGACUUCAAAGUUGUGACCGAAGUUCGCCGAUCUCUACAAGGAGCCCGUGAAUUCUACGAAUGCGCCCUCGACCCCUCGGUGGGCACCGACGGCAGCUACCUCGAAAAGAGCAUACUCAAAUCAUGGAUACUUCCCUACGCCUGCGUGAUUCUGAUAUGCUCGCACAAAAAGCGGGAUAACCGGUGUGGGAUUGCCGCGCCAAAACUUGAACAUGCGUUCAUCAGGUCACUAGAGGCGCAGGGUUGGGACGCUGAUACACAACUAGAACACCCGGAGCUGACCAUGGGUAUUCCGCUCGAAGACCUCAACGUAACGCCGGAAGAGCGGUACGAAAAUAUCUCCUCCCAGCUGAAAGAGAGCUCGGAAUCGAAGCGCGCUCUCAUCGUCAAGGUGUCCCACGUUGGCGGCCACAAGUACGCUGGGAACUGCAUUAUAUACACACCGUCUGGAUCCGGGAUCUGGUACGGCCGAGUCACACCCCACGAUGUGGACUCGGUCGUAGUCAAUACAAUCAUCGACGGUCUCGUCCUUCCACCUCUGUUGCGCGGAGGUGUAAAUCUGUCACGGCCAAACUGCAAAACGCUGAACGACUGGUAA